CUUCAAAGUAUUUCUCCCAGCAAGUUUUCCAAAUGUCAAAUUGUGUUUUUGACUGGUGCAUAAAUAAAUAUUACGCUUAAAAACAGCAAAACACACGUUGCUCUCUACCUGUGUUAACAAAUACUUAAUCAGCGUUAUUCGCUCACGCAGUGAACACCGAAGAACCGUUAUCCUUCAUCCUUGUUUGGAGGUGGACGAAUGCACGCACUUUACGACCGUUUAUUGUGGAAAUGUCAACUGUAGAAAGCAGCAACAAUUCGUGCUAAUGUGUAUUGCUUCCUGGACAGGACUCGUCCGUGAUGUUCGCACGACCGCUCGGUUUCCAAGUAUAAUGUAAAAUGUUAAAUUUCUUCAAAAAACCAGGUCGCAGGAGUAAAGAGAGCCCUGAGUACGAUGUAGCCAGUCCCACAGAGAAACCCUACGAUCCAAGCAGGUGCCAAAGUUUGGGCCCGUUUGGCCCAUUGGCUGUGUUCGAGGAUGAAGGGCUUGACCUAACUGAGCUGGAAACUAAGGAUAAAUCGCGGCUCUCGAAAACCCUAAGCGAUGUGCUCGUGGAUAAAUCUGCUUUAGGAUAUUUCAUCCAGUUCAUGGAAAAUAGGAAUUCUCUGCAUUUCAUCCGAUGUUGGCUGGAUAUUGAAAAUUUCCAAACGGCUAUCCAGCAGCACGAAGAUACGGCCAAGGAUAUGAACAACCUGUCUUCAUUCAGUACAAAGAUCGAGCACGAUAGUUUAUCGGUGAGCACGGAUUGCGACUCUUAUACUGCGGACUCGACGAGCAUCUGUGACUUCAGCGACGCGAAGACCGACAGAAGUAGAGUAGAUUUAGUGAAUAAUUGUGAUAUUGAAACGGCUAGUCUUAAGCUAAAUGAGCGGGAGCACCAGCUCGGAAAGAUCAUGCAGGAGUUCACCGACGACGCGCUGAGGAUCUUCAAGAAGUACAUAGCCCUGGAGGCUCCGGAGAAGGUGAACUGUCCCGAUAAUAUACGGAAUCAAAUCGUGGAGAACAUCUGCUCCACGGACAACAAACUGAUAUCCUCCAAUUGCUUCAAGGAUAUCCAAAGCUUCGUUUUUGGUAUUUUGGAGAAGGAGUAUUUCGAGGCGUUUUUGAGCAGCGAUUACUUCUGCAAGUAUCAAAUAGAUGUUCUGACGAGCGGUAACGUCGUUUUGGAGGAUAUACUUUACAAUGAAACGGCUCUCUUUUACUUCAUGGAAUUCCUCGAGCAGGAAAGUUACCGGUCUUUGCUGGAGUUCUGGUUGGCGGCGAGCAAUUUCCACCAGCAGCUGCACGAUCAGAAGGACUUCUUCGAUCCCAUCGAGGCUCAGAAUGAUGCAGUCAUACUUUACGAUAAGUACUUUUCGCUGCAGGCUCACUGCCCUUUAGGCUUCGGCGAUAAGAUUAGGUUCGCUGUUGAGCAGAACAUUUGCGGAGAGAAUGGUUUGAUGCAUGACUGCUUCCAUUUACCGCUGAAAAUCAUCGAGCAGGUCCUAGACAAGCAUUAUCUGAAACCCUUCCUAGCCUCCCAGCUCUACUACAAGUACUUAUCGGAGUUGAUAAACACGGUGCAAAGUGUCGGCUAUUGCAUCUACGGUCGCACGAAGAGCAUAUCCUCGGAGUGCGGAAGCGAGAAGAGCUUCAGCACUACGAGCACUUUUUUAGCCCUAGAGAACCCCAAUAAAUUUAAGAAACGCGACAAGCAGACCGAUAUGAACAUAGACACGCGACAACUGUAUGAUCCCGAUUCUCUAUGGAAGCGAAAGAAAUAUCAUCGAUUGUCUUUCGGUAGGGUUACGGAUAUGGGGAAGUUCGUGAAGGAUUUCGAGCCUGAGCCCGACAAGCGGGGUGAGUCUAAGCUGAAGAACGUUGUAAGGAAGUUUGUGAACUUGGAGGAGGAUAAGAAGAAAGAGGAACUCGCAUGGCAGGUGGCCGAGAUGAUAGUCAAGGACAUUACUAGUAUUACCUUGAACGAGCAGAAGACUUGAUUGGGUUUUUAUACCUUCGUGUACGUAACAUUUUGGAUUUAAUACGGCAUUACAACAUGAACAAAACUGUUUGUUGCGUUCGUCUCUCUAUCACUUGUGUCUGAUGAUGAUGCACAGCCGUCGUUGGUAUCUCUCUAUUUGAAAGGCUUUAUCGAUUUAGUAUUUAAGUCGCAACGUGUAAAAUUUGUAGAUACAAAUGAUUUUUUAACAUGUAAGAAUGUAAAUUUGUAUAGUGAAGGAA